AUGAGACUUCAAAAUAUUCAUGAAAAUAACUAUAUACAUCGAGAUCUUCAUAGUGGAAAUAUAUUAUUGUUAUAUAAACGUUGGAGGAUUGGGGACUUGGGAUUAUCACAACCUGCAGAAAAUACAUCAUUAAAUAAUGAAAUAUAUGGAGUAAUACCUUAUAUUGCACCAGAAAUAUUUAAAGGGGGUAAAUUUUCAAAAGAAUCUGAUAUAUACAGUUUGGGUAUGAUUAUGUGGGAACUUACAACGGGCUGUAAACCUUUUGCUGAUGUUGAACAUAACAUUGAUCUUAUUUAUGAAAUUAUUGAUGGAAAACGACCUGAAAUUACGAAUGAUACUCCUGAAUGUUUUGCUAAUUUAAUGAGACAAUGUUGGAAUUCUGAUCCUUCAAAAAGACCUAUUAUUAAUGAAUUUUUGAUUCCUAUUUUUAAAUGGUACAAUACUACUUUUGAAAUUUCACCUAGUUUUCGUAAAGAAUUUACAGAAAUAUUUGAACAAGCUGAAAAAAAAAGAUUAGAAUUAAUACAAUUAAAGAAACUCGGUCCUGAAUUUAGUCAAAAAUCUCACCCAAAAGCGAUUUUUACAAGUAGAGCAUUAAAUUCUUGGAUAUCUAAAUCUUCAACUAUAAAUUCAUCCACAAUAAUGCAUAGUAUUAAACAAGAACAUUAUAUUACAAAAGAAAAUGAUUUUGAUAUAGAUAUAAAUACACAAAGGUUAUCUUCAUCAAACAUUCAAGAAUCUUCGUUGAAUAAUCAACAUUCAAACGCAAUUUAUACUAUUAGCAAGCCGAUCUCAACUGUGAAUUCUUCAAGGAAACGUAACUUUGAAGAAUUAAAAAUUGAAACUCAAAAUAUUGGAAAACACGUCAAAAUCGAUAAUUGAAAUUUAUAAUUUACAAUUACAUAUUAAUCUUGAUUUUUAAAC